AUGUCACAAAAAAUCGCAUUUGCUGUUUGCCUCUUGGCACUUUGCCCAUUUAUUGCCUUUGCUACUGAAGGAAUUCGGGAGUGCCCAGGAUUUCCGAUGCCCCAUUUUGUGAAUAUUUCUGAAUGUGCCAAAGCUCCAUGCCCACUUUACAGAGGAAAGGAUGUUGUUACGAUUUCUGGAUUCACGAGCAACGAAUACGCUGAAACUUUAAAAACCCGCGCACACUUCCGUGAAAUUGAAUCUGGAAUCGCUGCCGAAUUUCCCUUGCCCGCUGAUCGUUCCAACACUUGCGAUUGGUUAAUCUCAACGACAUGCCCUGUCUACCCCACAGAAGACGUAACCUACAAGUUUGUGAUGCCCGUUUUGUCUAUUUACCCGAAAAAAAUGGAACUUGACCUCAAAAUCACGGUUGAAAAUGAAAACAAGGAAAUCCUCUCGUGCUUCCAAGUCGAAGGAACGACCGUUUAA